AUGUCCUACAAGCACCUCUCCACCUCGGCGGAACACGCAUCGCUGAUAUCCUCUUACGAUACCUACCUGUUCGACUGCGAUGGAGUGCUAUGGUCCGGGGACGAGGUGAUCGCGGGUGCCAAAGAAGUGUUGCAGCGUCUAAGAGCAAGCGGAAAGAGCAUCAUCUUUGUGACCAACAACGCCACAAAGAGCCGCAGAGCUUACCUGAAGAGAUUUCAAAGUCUGGGCAUUCAGGCUGAUGUAGUGAGUGUGCAGUUGGGCGAGGGAACUGGGUGGGGCAGUGCAUGUAUGCUAGCUGGCGAAAGUUCGCCAUGAUGAAAGAUCCGAUUCACGAGCCGUGACUCGCUUCCAGUCGGAGAUCUUCUCUUCGGCGUACGCGUCCGCGGUGUACCUCAAGCACGUGCUGAAGCUGCCAGAAGAUCGAAAAGUGUAUGUGCUGGGCAUGGAGGGCAUUCAAGAAGAGUUGGAGGAUGUCGGGCUGAAGUGGUGCGGAGGAACUGUGAGUGCAUGACUCCUUCCGACGUGGGGCAACAUCACUGCAAGCACAUCCAGCGUCUCCGCCGACGCUCCCCUAUUCCUUCUUUUGAUGCGCAUCGCAGACUCCAGAAGACAAUGUCUUUCUUCCAACUCUCGACUUUACAAGUCUGCUUCAACCCGAGGUCAUAGAUGGCAAAGUAGGAGCGGUGCUGUGCGGAUUCGACAUGCACAUGUCCUACAUCAAGCUUGCCAAAGCGUACAAGCACAUUACUCGAGCCGGAGCCACUUCAGGCUCUCCGCAAGCGGGCGAAUCGGGUGGAGCAUGUCACUUCAUCCUCACCAACGACGAUUCGACAUUCCCAGCAAAAGGAGGUCCAUGGCCAGGAGCAGGAUCGCUCUCUGCUCCUCUCGUCUUCAGCUCCAAACGAACGCCAACAAUCAUUGGGAAACCUCAUCAGCACAUGUUGGAUUGCAUAGAAGCCGUCAAACCCUUUGACAAAUCCAGAGCAUUGUUCGUGGGCGAUAGACUGGACACGGACAUCGCCUUUGCCAACAAAGGUGGAAUCAAGAGCUUGUUGGUUCUCACCGGAAUCAGCACAAAAGCAGAGAUAGAUGCGGAUGGUGCAGAGGUCGUGCCGGACUAUCUCACCCAGAGCUUGGGCGAUCUUCUGGCUGCCUUCCAAUAA